AUGGAGAAGUACUGCAUGGAUUCUCUUUCCAACAUCUCAGAACAGCAUGGCAUGUUCUGUAACAUCACAUUGCUAAAUGUUACAGGAAAUGACACUGGAACCAAGUCCAUUGAGGACAGACUACUGGAAGUUCUAGGGCCGAAGCGCUCCCCCGUCUUUCUCCCUAUCUCCCUGGUUUACCUGCUCAUCUUCCUCCUGGGCGUGUCUGGCAACCUGCUCACAUGCACAGUGAUAUCCAAACACAAGAAGAUGUGCACCCCCACCAACCUGUACCUGUUCAGCCUGGCUGUGUCAGACCUCCUGGUGCUCUUCUUUGGGAUGCCCCUGGAGAUCUACGACCUGUGGCAGAACUACCCCUUCCCCUUCGGAGAGGGAGUCUGCUACUUCAAGAUUUUCCUCUUCGAGACUGUGUGCUUUGCCUCCAUCCUCAAUGUGACAGUACUGAGUGUGGAGAGGUAUAUCGCAGUGGUCCAUCCACUAAAAACACGCUAUGUUGCCACCAACAAGCAUGCCAAGCGUGUCAUCUGUGCUGUAUGGGUGCUGUCCCUGGUUUGUGCCAUCCCUAACACCUCCCUGCAUGGCAUCAACUACUUGAAUCUCCCGGAGAAGGUGGCAGAGUCAGCCAUAUGCAGUUUGAUAGGUUCCCCGUGGAUCUACCACCUGGUGAUUCUGAUCACCACCACAUGCUACUACAUUGUUCCCGUGACGGUGAUCAGCGGGCUGUACCUGGGGAUUGGCAUCAAGCUGGGCAGGGAACGACACCUCUCCCGGGGGACGAUGAGGAAGAACUGUAGCGCUAACAUCAGCUGGAGAAUCCAUGUGGAGCAAGUGCGCAGGAGACAAGUCACCAAGAUGCUUGCUGUGGUCGUGCUGGUGUUUGCCAUCUGCUGGGCACCUUUCCACAUUGACCGGCUCCUGUGGAGCUGCAUCAUGCAGUGGUCUGUCUGGACAGACCUCAACCAAGCCGUGUACCAGUGUGUGCACCUCCUUUCAGGCAUCCUCUUCUACCUCAGCUCUGCAGUCAACCCCGUUAUCUAUAACCUGCUCUCCACACGCUUCCGGGAAUGCUUCUGGGAUCUCGUCUGCACCCAUACAGAAGACACCACAGCUGGAAAAGACUUCACACCCUCCGCCAAGAUCCUGCUGGUCCCCUCGGGCCCAGUUCCUAAGACCCAAGCCAGGCCCAGUGACCACAACUCCCUCACUCCCCUGUUAUCUCCAACUGGGAACACAGAGAUCACAACACUGACAAGUAAACAUUUGUGCGUGGUGGACUCUGACUUCACUGCUACUGCUUUUUAA